AGCACGUGACGUAACAGCCUGUCUUUCCGCCGUUCACACUUUCUUCAACCUGUUCCCCCCUGCUCAUUUGUCUGCGACAUUCUUCUCACCUUUUAGUCGCUCUUUUACAUCUCGCUAUUAACUUUAGAAAAUGGGUGCGAACCUUUCCAAGGCGCUAGGAAAGAUCUUUGGGAACAAGGAGAUGCGGCUGCUCAUGCUAGGGCUCGAUGCAGCUGGCAAGACGACAAUCCUCUACAAGCUUAAACUCAACCAAUCUGUAACAACCAUCCCAACAGUUGGUUUCAAUGUGGAAACUGUAACAUACCGAAACGUCAAGUUCAACGUCUGGGAUGUCGGAGGACAAGACAAGAUUCGACCGCUUUGGAGGCAUUAUUAUACUGGAACGCAAGGCUUGGUGUUUGUCAUUGACAGCCAGGACCGGGACAGAAUCGACGAAGCCAAGCAGGAGCUGCAUAGGAUAUUGGGCGACCGAGAAAUGAAAGAGUGCUUAUUAUUAGUAUUUGCGAACAAACAGGAUCUUCCUGGAGCAAUGUCCCCGGCGGAGGUAACGGAGAAGUUGGGACUACACAAGAUGCGUGACAGGUCGUGGUAUGUGCAUCCUAGCUGUGCCACAACCGGAGAGGGUCUAUUCGAAGGUUUACAAUGGUUAUCACAAACUGUGAAGAAGCAGAAGUCAUGAUUUGCAUAAUUGCUGCGUCUUUCACCUUGGCAGUUCUUAUUUUCUGCCGCUGUCUUCACCCUCCCGGAAAUCGUCUCGUAUACU